GGGGAAGGCCUCGCUCAGUCUAUUUAUUUUUUAUUUUUUCGCACCCUCCCACACAUUUAACGUCGCCAUAAUUGUGUUUUAUUCGUAUAGGUGGACGGGCGGUGUUCAUUUUAAGCUUUUUGGUGUCGACUGAAACACCGGAACGCCCCCCUCCAGUCGUUUGUCGGUCGUAAAGUCCGAACAUCCAGCUGAUUGCUUUGAGUGCUGUUCAAUUAUUCCAGUUCAAACUGAGCCGUUUCCUUUGACUUAACGGAAGGCUUUUUGUGGCUGAAGCGAGUUUGCCGACGCGAUAUUUAUUUAUUUAUUACCCAUGUGUGGACUUUCGGAGGAAUUGGACAGCUAUCGUUUUGUGUAAUUUGAGCGUUGGAGGCUUUUUCUCAUUGAACGACCAGGCCCCGGACUCAUCCCCAGCCUCGCGUUUCCUUAUCGGCUUUUUGUGUGUGCGUGUGUGUGGGUGCGCGCGCGUGUGGGUGCCUGUGUUUGUGUGUGUGUGUUGGAAGUCAUGGGAGACACUAGUGAACGAAGCAAACCUCCGACUCUACCUCCCAGGUGUCCCUGCGGAUUUUGGGGGUCCAGUAAAACAAUGAACUUAUGCUCCAAAUGUUUUGCUGACGUCCAAAAGAAGCAGCCAGUCGAAGACUGCACCCCCAAGCCCAUCCAAAGCACCGGGAGUAGCCAAUCGCCAGUUUUCAGUAGCGAGAUGAGCAGUAGCAGUAGCCAAUCCCUAUCAUUGUUGCCGCCCUCAAGCUCCGAGCAACUGUCAGCUGAAGAGCCCUUACCUGUGUUUUCCAGCACGAGGGAAGGUGUGUCGUCCACAGAAACAGCCCAAGGCACACUCUGCACGCCCACAAAACGUCCACGAGAAUCAGCCUCGGGCUCGGAGAGCGAGGCGACACCAGAGAAACGACCACGGACAGAAGAGAAAGAAGGGAGCGGCGAAGAGGCCCGCGGGACGCCCAAGCAGAAGAACCGUCGGCGCUGCUAUCGCUGCCAAACCAAACUAGAGCUGGUGCAGCAGGAACUGGGAUCCUGUCGCUGUGGCUACGUUUUCUGCAUGCUCCACCGUCUACCCGAGCAACACGACUGUCUGUUCGACCAUCUGGGCCGCGGACGUGAGGAGGCCGUCCUCAAGAUGGUGAAGCUGGACCGCAAGGUGGGCCGUUCAUGCCAGCGCAUCGGGGAGGAGUGCUCCUGAUUGGCCACAGAGUGAGCAGCCAUCCAAUAAAACAGGAGCUUGCAAAGAGGAGGUGGUGGUAGUGGUGAUGAUGGAAGAAGGUCUAGGAGAAUUGACAAAUGGGGUAAUGGGAGGGGGUGGGUGGGAGGGGGGAGAAGAGGAGGAGGGGAUGGGGUGUGGUUGUAACAUCCUGCAUCUGACCCAACGAUUCUGGAUCUGAGCUUAAGGCCACCCUGUUGAAGUCCUGGUUUCCUGCCUGGAGCGUCUGUUCGGACUCUGCUCGGGGCCAACAGGGGGCCGCCUGGUGGCUGUUCUUCAGAGCUACGUUCAGUAUCGCAUGUUCUCACACACACAGCCUUAACCCCACCCGUCUUCAGAGGAAGGACACCACAGAGACGGAUCCAGUCAGUCGUAUGUCAUGCACAGUUCUUCUGUGCCUUGCCCCGGUUUCCUCCUCUUUACUCAGUGGUUUGUUUUUUUUGUUCUCUUUCUUUUCAGUACAGGAAGUGAACUGCUCUAACGCUCAGCUGAACUGAUCCAUUUGGAUUUUUUGGAUUCUACAGAGUUAUUUGUUUUAUUUUGAUUUUUUCCCCCAUUACCUGGUCGCGGAUGAGGGGUCUAGCACUAUCCCACGACCACUCCUCAGGUCGUCAUCAAGGGGUCGGGGUAUCAAACCUGUAACCCCACCUUCCUCUUCUUCUUUUUUUUUUUUUCUUUUUUUUUUUCCCCCCUUUCUUCCACCCGUGUUUGGACCCAUGCACAGCAUCACUAACCAGUUGUACUCAUGCAUGGUUCUAGCAACAGUGUAUUUGUGCAGGUUUUGAGCGUGUCAUUUGGUAAUGUGAUGCAGUCCAAGGAUGCUGCCAUGGUUCAGUCCUUUUUUCUUUUUCUUUUUUCCCUCCUGUGUGGCCGUUACGGUGAUUAGCUCUGUUUUUACUGCUUAACCACGGUGUCGUGGAGGACAAUACAGCCGAUCCCUGCCUCUGCUCACAGACUGUUGGCAAAAAGGAAAAAUACAAAUAAAAAAAAAAAAA